UCACAAUGAAAAUGACGUCUGAAAUUUGUCAUUUAUGUAUCAAACAACAUUUUGUCAAAAUAAUCGCAAGUGUGUAAAAUCGAAAUAAUUAUAUUGCGACAUUUUAUCAUGUGAGUGAUGAGUUGUGACGAAGAUGAAAGUGGACCUUUUGUUGUAUUCUUCCUACCAACGGUGCUUGGCUGUUUGACUAUACUCUUGGCUCGCCGGUGGGCCUACUCACAAGUCAGCAAUACCUCGUCAACCGCGAUUUCCAGACGGCGUAAGAUCAUCAAAGAUCCUUUAAUUAAGCGGCCCUUACCCCCGGUAACCACUAAAAUGGUGGCCCCAAAGAAACUGUCAGGAACAGCAAAAAAGGGAACUCCUGUAUUAGAUGAAGAUUUUGCAAAUGGUAAACGUGUAAGGGCAAGGCUCCCGUCAAACACACCUGUUCCUGAAGUCAAAUUACCAGAGGGCCCGUCACCGCCUAAACACAUACCAUUCCCAUUUAUACCAUUAGAUGGGGAGUUGUUGUUUGAAAUUAUGACUUUCACAUUUUUAGCAGUAGCUACAGGACUACAGUUUCUGAAUUUGUACAGAACCGCUUGGUGGUUGCCAACAUCAUAUACCACACAGGCAAUGCACUUCCAUCUAGUAGAUCCACAUGUGGUGAUGUUUAUUAUGGGUAUAAUAAGCCCAAGGUUGUUAUUGAGUGCAAGUGUGGCCAUAGUGAGAUUAUUUGUAGCACCUAAGAUGAUGCCACAUGUCACCAUGGCAGCAAGGAUGUUUAUUCUUGGUGCAAUUAUUGGUAUGCUGGGAUGGAGUACAUAUUAUUUGUUAUUGAAAUAUCCUCUCGUAAAAAUGGUGUAUUUGGUUUAUCCAUCAAUAAUAUACUUUAUACUUUUUGGAUUCCAAAUUGAUGCAUUUUUGGAGUUAAAUCAUACAGAGACAUUACCUAUGCAUAGUUGCUCACAUGAUCCGGAACAAAUUCGUUUAGAAGUGGAAAUGUUGAAAGAAGAUUUCAAUCUCAGAGUUAAGAAAAUACUAUUUCAUUCAAUAAUUGGUGCAUAUUACACAAGUUUUGUACCAUGUUGUUUUGCACAGCCAUACCUUUAUUAUGAUGUGCUAUCAGCGGCCCAACAAGUGGGGUUAGUAUGGGGUUCUCUGUGCGGCCGAUAUGCGGCACAAAUGUUGCCAGCGUUGUUUUGCGAUGUACCUCAUAGGGCAACCAAGCAUCUUGGGUCUUGGAGAUUAGAGGGUACUGCAACAAGUGAAACAAAUGACGUGCCACAAUGGUCUGGAAGUAAAUUUUGGUCGCAAGGCUCGCGGGUUCGAUGCGAUGAUCAAAUAUACAUCGCGGAUACAUCCACCGUCGCCGCGGAUCCUACUAAUAUGGCACAUGUGAGGUUUUAUACUGUAUUCAACAAUCCUUCAAAACUGAUGUGCCUACUUGUCUGCCUGCAACUUGCAUUGGUACUGCUUAAAUUAUGUCUGCUGUUUAGCUCAAUAGUAUGGCACUAUUUCUUAUCUAUAGUGGUUUUAUUAUUUAUAAAUUAUUACUCACUAUACAAGAUGCUCCGAGACUACCUUGUGGCAUGGAAAGUGUAUAAGGCGGAAAAUUUAAUACAAGACAAAAAUGUUCAAGCCAAUUAGGUUUAUAAUCAUAUCUCCCUUGUACAAUUAAAGUUUUAAGUACUUAAAAAUGACUUUGAAAGCGUAAAUGCAUAUGAUAGAUGUUGUCGAUUAUUGCAUGUGACCGAGGAAUAGAUUAGAAGUACAAUUCCUAAUUUUCUAGUCAGACACAUUUUUGAUAAACCUAAAUUGAAAAUUAAAAGAACAAAAGGAAUUUAUGACAGUUCUGAAUUUAGUCUUGCUAAUUUAAUACCUUUGUUAAUUUUUCUGAACAAUCACGUAAAACAUUACAAAGUCAUCGCAAAAUUGAAAACAACGGUAGAUUAUAGUAUUGCGGAAAUCGGGCCCUGACUUGUAAUCUAUGAACAAAUUGUGACCCGCAACAUUCGGUAAACAAUUAAUUGCAUUAUUUUACGGUAAAUAACAAACAAUCUAUCAAUGUGAAACCAUUAUAAUAUGUUGAAAUGGGCAUUCAAUAUGAUGGGUGAGGUUCGGUUUAUGUAAAAACUUACUGUAAUCGUCCACACGUAACUUGCACCUGACCGUAAUUUGGGAGAUGUCAAUUCUCGGCAUAAUAUAUAAUAGCGAUGUAUUCGCAUUAUAAUAUGAUUAAAUAUAUUGCUCUUAUAUUGUAAGCAAAUGUUACAGAUCACAAUUUGACAACAAAUUACAAUAUUGAGUAAGAUUAUAAUACCUAGUAACUAUAAUAUAUACUUGGUUAUAGUGUUGACUACUGUAGACAUGCAUUGUUCAGUUAUUGGAAAAAAUACUUGGGAGAUAGGGACGACUUAGUUUUUUUAUACUCAAGUGAUCUGUCAUAAGUGUAAUUAAUUUAAUGUUAAUAAAGUUUAGAGAAAACCUA